AGAAUACAUACAACUCGUCUAAAAACACUUUCUCCUGUACUUCCAACUGGAUUGUGUUUUGCUUUUACAAUAUUUUCGCGAGUAUACUUUAAUCCCCUAUCUUACCACUCGUUCUUAUCGCGUUCUAAAAGCAGCGACUGAUUAAAAUAAUUGCUGUAUCAUUGUGAGAGUCGAUCAAAGUAGCUAUUUAUCGGUGUUUUGGAUUAUUUCUUCAGUGAGCCUCUUGCAGUCAUCUUGUUUUAUUUUCUGCAAUAUUAUUGUUCUCUAAUUGCGCAAGAAGUACUUGUCUCUGUGAAAUAAUGUCGGAAUUGCGCUUUGAUGGUCGUGUGGCUGUAGUGACUGGUGCUGGGGCCGGUUUAGGCCGAGAAUACGCCCUUUUGUUCGGAAGCCGCGGGGCUAAAGUGGUAGUGAAUGAUCUGGGUGGAAAUGCUCGCGGUGAGGGAAAGUCUCAGCAAGCAGCUGAUGUUGUUGUGGAUGAGAUCAAGGCAAUGGGGGGUACAGCGGUGGCGGAUUACCAUUCGGUGACGGAUGGUGAAAAAAUUAUCCAGACGGCAAUGGAAAAUUUUGGAAGAGUUGAUAUUGUGGUGAACAAUGCUGGAAUUCUGCGAGAUAAGAGUUUUCCACGCAUCUCAGAGGAUGACUGGAAUUUGAUUCACGAUGUUCACGUUAAGGGUAGUUUUAAGACUACUCAAGCGGCUUGGCCGAUCUUCAAGAAACAGAACUUUGGACGGAUCAUCAUGACAUCCAGCAAUUCCGGGGUCUAUGGCAAUUUUGGGCAGGCAAAUUACAGUACUGCAAAAUUGGGACUUGUUGGUCUGGCCAAUACGCUAGCAAUUGAAGGGGCCAAAUAUAACAUCCACUGCAAUGUAAUUGUCCCCACGGCAGCAUCACGAAUGACCAAGGGUAUCCUCCCUGAUCUGCUCUUUGAGGAACUCAAGCCCAAGUUAAUUGCCCCUGUUGUUGUGUAUCUCUGCCAUGAGAAUACCCAAGACAAUGGAGCUGUUAUAGCCAGUGCUGCUGGUUGGGCAGGAAAAGUAGAAAUUGUGGCUGGAAAAGGAAGUGUUCUCAGGGCAUCUCUUCACCAUGAUGUAACAGUGGAGAAUGUUAGGGAUGCAUGGGGCAAGGUAGUGGAUAUGUCUGAAGCUCGGAAUAUGAGAACAAUUGGUGCAGCUAGUGCUUAUACUCUCGAAGUUCUUGAGAAUCUCAAGGACAAUCCUCAAUCUGGAGGGAGUAGUGAUCAAGCUCCAACCAACGGUGUUUUCACAAAUGAAUUCAAUUUUGGUUUUAAGGACCUAAUCCUUUAUGCUCUUGGAAUUGGUGCAUCUGUUGCUGAACCCUCGGAUUUGAAGUACUUGUACGAGAGUCAUGCUGAAUUCUCCGCACUCCCAUCCUUCUUUAUUCAACCAGGUCUAAUGCUUACCAUGGGAUCUUCAAUUACAAAAAGUGCAAUAACCCAUAAAGAAUUUGAUCUAACAAAUGUUUUACAUGGCGAGCAGUAUCUGGAAGUGUAUGAUUUUCCUCUUGAGGGAAAUUUGCGCACAGAAGGAAAAGUGUUGGAUGUUAUGGAUAAAGGUUCUGGAGCUGUUGUAGUUACAAGCUGUGACACCUUUGAUAGUCGAGGAAAUCUUGUGGCUAAGAAUCAGAGUGCAACAUUUAUUGUGGGAUGUGGCAAUUUUGGUGGGAAGAAACAACCUGGACCUGGAGUUGUACCUACUCUGCCAACGCCAACAUCUCCCCCAGAAACAACAAUAACAUUCAAGACAUCUGUUGAUCAGGCAGCAAUCUUCAGGCUCAGCGGUGAUCCCAAUCCUCUGCACAUUGAUCCCAAUUUCUCUAUAAUUGCCGGCUACAAAACACCUAUUCUACAUGGAUUGUGCACAUUAGGAUUCUCCCUACGUGCUGUCCUUAAAGCUUAUGCUGGCAAUGAUUCUACACUUUUCAAGGCUAUUAAAGUGAGAUUCGUGAAGCCAGUGAUCCCUGGGCAGACCCUUAAGGUUGAUAUGUGGUCAAACGGGAAUCGCAUUCAAUUCAAGACGAGUGUCGUUGAAACCGGUCAAGAUGUGUUAACUGGCGCAUACGUUGAUCUGAAGAGUACUGUAAAGCCUGUAAAUCCAAUUGUGACGGAAAACAAAAUGGGCCUUCAGAGUGAUGCCGUUUUUGGAGCUAUUAAAGAUCGUGUGGAUGGAGAGCCGGCAAAGGCUAAGUCUGUGAAUGGUGUCUUUGUGUACAAAAUCACGGAAAAUGGAAAAGUCGUGAAGGAAUGGACACUUGACCUCAAGAAUGCCAAAGUCUACGAAGGAGCGCCCCAGAGUGGGACUAAAGCUGAUACCACACUAACUGUAGGAGAUGCUGAUUUCGUGGACAUUGCCCUCGGAAAGAUAAAUCCUCAAGUGGCUUUUAUGAAGGGAAAACUUAAGAUUACAGGAAAUAUCAUGCUGACCCAGAAGUUGGUGCCAUUCCUGAAAACCGAUUCUAAAUUGUAAUUAUACUGUGGUGACAUUCCAUUGAGUGGGAUAUGGUUUACCUGUACAACAUAUGCUGCAAGCAUUAUUUGUUUUUGUUGGUGAUUUAGCAAUUUUAUCAUGUAUUUUCAAUUUUUUUUUACAACGAGGGUGGUAAAAAUACAACACUUAAAAAUUAA